UCUACACAACUGGCUUUCAUUGUGCAGUCUGAGCUUUUCUGCUAAUUAAACUAAGUCAUUACAAAAUACAAGCAUGGCGACAAGAGAUUCUUUUGCAUUUUCCCUUUGACAUGUCUGAGGAGCCAUAACGCUGGUGAAGAUGAAGUUCGAGAACAUCCUGGAGGAAGUCAACGGUUUUGGGCCUUUCCAAAUCUUCAUCCUCUUCCUGCUGUGGACUCCUCGAAUCGUUCUGCCCUGUCACUUCUUACUGAACAUCUUCAUAGCAGCGGUGCCUCCUCAUCACUGUGAUAUAAGUAAACUCGCUGAUGGAGGACUCUUGGAAAAUUUAACUCAGGAGCAGAGACUGUCUGUCAGUGUUCCAGUGAAAGAAGAUGGAGGCCUUAAAUCCUGUGAGAUGUUUGCAGAGCCUCAGUUUCAGCUCUUAGCCAACUCCUCUGACACGCUCCACAACACUGACAUGCAAAUUGUUCAGUGUCAGAGUGGAUGGGUUUAUGACAACUCCACCUUCACAUCCACCCUGGCGACAGAGUGGGACCUUGUCUGUGAUAGAAAAAGCCUGACAAAAACCACAGGCACAAUCUUCUUUUUUGGUGUGAUGAUGGGAGCCAUAGCUUUUGGAUACCUGUGUGAUAAGUAUGGGAGAAAAAACACACUUUUGGCCUCUUACAUCAUGGCGAUCGUGUUCGGUUUCUCCAGCGCAUUUGCGAACUCCUACAUUCUGUUUGCAGGGCUGAGAUUUCUGACUGGGUUUGGACUGACAGGAAUCAGCAUCAACUCAGCGGUUCUCACCAUCGAGUGGGUGGACACAGGUCAUAGGUCAUUUAUUGGUGUGAUGGGCAGUCUUGCCUGGUCUGUGGGCAACAUGCUGCUGGCUGGGUUUGCCUUCCUGGUCACUGACUGGCGGUCACUCAUCAUGACUGUCACAGCCCCACUGGGAUUCGCAGUCAUCACCUGGUGGUGGGUUCCUGAGUCUGCCCGUUGGCUUUUAGCUAAUGGUAAAGUUGAAAGCGCCCAGUUUUAUCUUGACAAAUGUGCUUCAUUCAACAAAAGACCCAAACUGUCAUCGAAAAUCAAACUGGAUGUACUGUCCAGUGUGGAAAUCCAGGAAAAGCAGGAGAAAAACUACACUUACCUCGACCUAAUCAAGACCCCCAAGAUGAGAUUGCUGUCCCUAAAGGCUGGGAUUGUGUGGUUUGGAGUGGCCUUGACUUAUUAUGGAAUCAGCUUGAACAUCAGUGGAUUUGGAUUAAACAUGUACCUCACACACUUUAUCUAUGCUGCCAUUGAAGUCCCUGCCAAACUGAUGAUCUAUUUCCUUCUUAACAUCAUUGGGCGGAGAAAAUGUCAGGCUGGAACUCUGUUACUGACUGGAUUCUGCAUCGCCAUAAACAUCUUUCUUCCAACAGGUCUGUGGCAUGUGCGUGCUGUUGUUGCCAUUCUAGGAAAAGGCUUAUCUGAAGCUUCCUUCACGACCGUCUUCCUCUACACGACAGAGCUUUACCCCACAGUUAUCAGACAAAAUGGUCUGGGGUACGUCAGCUUCAUCAGUCGUCUGGGAGUAUCAAUCGCUCCGCUCAUCUUGCUGCUGGAGGAUGUGUGGACUCUUCUUCCUCAGAUCAUCAUCGGCUGCAUGGCCAUCAUUUCUGGCCUGGUGUCCCUGCUGCUUCCAGAGACAAUGAACGCGAGGCUGCCGGAGAUAAUCGACGACAUUGAAAAGCCAAGAAAAAAAGAAAUCUGCUCUCAAACUUCAGAGUCUGCCGGUGUCGUCCUGGAAUCAAAGAGUACAACAACAGAAACUAAGGAGUAAAGAGACAAGAAUAAAGAGGACUGUGUUUUUGUGCUCAUACACAUCAAACAGAACACGGGUAACCUUAACCCAUCUGGGCUUUACUUGAGCCAAGCAAUGUUUUUUGUUUGUGUUUUUCAGAUACUGCUGACUGUUAUGAAAUGGAAAAAUAAAAUAUAUCAGGAAAAUCUAUAUAAAUGUAUAUGCACUUAUCUGCUAUAUAACAUGUGACUGUUGUUCUCAAAGUGUGGAAUUUAGGCUGUAAAUAAUUUAACUUAAUGUCAAAGAAAUGUCACAGAAGUUCCUCAUCGAGUCACAUUAUGACCCCUUACAGACAACAUUCAAGUGUAUUGUUGCAUACAAGUCUUGCAAUUAAAUACUUGACUAUUUCAAGUAAAGUACAAGUGACAGACAACAAAAUCCUUUUAAUAAAUAAUGUCAAAAUAUAAAUAAAUAAUGUCAAAAUAAAUAAAUCUUAGCUUUGACAGACUACCAUAUGACCAUGACAGAUUCA